GGACGCGGUGAAGACAGCCCAGCUAACUGACAUGGCGAGCUGUGAUGGCGACGUGAGUCAGAGGCGAAGCGGGAAGUAAGAAGGCUCCUCCAUGGCCGCGCGGCUGGCACCCUGAGCCUCACCGACCCUUCCGCUCAUCCCGGCGGCCCAGUCCGGCCGCUGCUCCGCAUUAGUGACCUGAAGUCUUUCGCGCUGGAAGCCCUGGUCUAGCCGGAGAGAUGAAGGCAGCAGACGAGCCUGCCUACCUGACAGUGGGGACAGAUGUCAGUGCCAAGUACAGAGGAGCCUUCUGUGAAGCCAAAAUCAAGACGGUCAAACGCAUGGUCAAGGUAAAGGUGACCCUGAAAGGUGAAAGCACGUCCCAGGUGGUGCAGGACGACCAGGUCAAAGGGCCUCUGAGGGUGGGCUCCACUGUGGAGGUGAAGACCAAUGAGGGUUUGAGCAGCGAAGCCGUCAUCAGUAAGCUGACGGACGCCAGCCUCUACACCGUAGUUUUUGACGACGGUGAUGAGAAAACCCUUCGUCGGACAUCCCUGUGUCUGAAGGGGGAGCGACAUUUUGCAGAGAGUGAGACGCUGGACCAGCUGCCGCUGACCAACCCGGAGCAUUUCGGCACCCCGGUCAUCGGCAAGAAAUCCAACCGAGGAGGACGGCGCUCGUCCCAGGCUGUGGCCGAUGAGGAGAACGACACUUCAUCCAGUGAGGAAGAGGAAGAUGACAAGAAGAGGCUGACGGAUGAGCUGCGGGGACAGAUCUGCAGCAUAGAGAAUGUGGAGGACUCUGAUCAGUGGUUCAUGGCUCUGGUCUUGUCCCCCAGUUGCAACGAGGAGCUGGUGGUGAAGAAGGACCAGUGUCUGGUCAGGUCCUUCUGUGAUGGCAAAUUUUACACCGUGGGGAGGAGACACGCCCACGUCGUUAACGCCAUUAGCAUUUCCAAGUCCGAUUUUUCCAAGAGGAAAGGUAUUAAAGAAGCCCAGAUGUUUCUAAGGAGCCGGGAGGUUCCAGACGUUUGGAAGAUGGACAUGAGUCAGAUUCUAGACUCCUCUAGUGAGGAUGACAAAGAUGACAAGGAUAGCGAGGCAGAGGAGGAGAAAGAUGCUGAGGAUGAAAAGAGAAAGAGGCACAUAAAAGAGGAGCCAGAGGAGGAGGUAGACCCCGAGGAGAAGGAGAACUUCCUCCAGCAUCUCUACAAAUUUAUGGAGGACAGAGGGACUCCCAUCAACAAGCCCCCAGUGUUGGGCUACAAGGACCUCAACCUAUUUAAGCUCUUCAGGCUGGUCUACCAGCUGGGAGGCUGCCGCAAGAUCGAGUCCGGCACGGUGUGGAAGCAGGUCUACAUGGAUCUGGGGAUCCCUAUACUCAACUCUGCUGCAUCCUACAAUGUUAAGACGGCCUAUAAAAAGUAUCUGUUUGGGUUUGAGGAGUACUGCUGCUCAGCCGGCAUCACCUUCAGAACCAUCCACCACAACGACCCCCUUCCCAGCACUGCAAUGAGCUAUCAUAAAAAAGGAAAAGGUGAUGUAAAGGAGUCCUUCAUGAUACCACUGAAAGAGCAUUUUGCUGAAGACAAGAAGGAGGAGGCAGAUUCAGAAAGCGAGAGCGAAAAGGAGGUGAAGGAGAGACAUUCAUCGCCCAGGGGAAGGAGGAGGGGGGGCGUGGGGAGUCGCGGAAAACUUCCCACCAAACCAGAAAGUACCGGACGGGCAGCAGACGCCACUGAAGAGCAGCAAAGAGAGGUGAGGAGGCGCAGCAACAGGAGACCGGAUGACUCUGAGAAAGGCUCUGAUGAGGAGGAAGAGGAUGAUGAUGACGACGAGGAGGAUGACGAAGGGGAGGAAGAGAGAAGAGGACAGGGGAGCGAGGAGGAAGAGGAUGGAGACUCGUUGGCCGGAACAAAGGUCAGGGUGAAGUACGGCAGAGGAAAAACUCAGAAGAUCUAUGAGGCACACAUCAAGAAGACAGAUGUGGACAACGGAGAACAAUUCUACUUGGUCCAUUACUACGGCUGGAACGUUAGGUAUGAUGAAUGGGUGAAGGCUGACCGCAUCAUUUGGCCGGCGGAGAAAGGAACCAAGAAGAGGCAGAGAAAAAAGGUGAAGAACAAAGAUAAGGAAGAACCAGAGAAGGAGAGAGAAAAAGAAGAAGAGAAGCCUGUAUCAAUAACGCCUGUGAAGCCACCCGGCUUGAAGCGAGGUCGUCCUCAAAUCAGGACCCCCCCCUCAGGACGCAGCGUUUCCAAAACCCCCAGCAGUGAGGGCCAGUCCAAUGGCAGGGGCGCGCGGUCAGAGGUCACACCUUCCCUGGCAAAUGGAAAUGAUACGACUCGCAGGAGUACCAGAACAUCGGGCAUGUAUGAGUCUGAUCAGGCCUCCAACGAAGAUUCUGGAAACUCAUCAGAUGACAGCGAAACAGACAAUGGACCGGAGAAGACGGAGAAACUGUCUCCUUGGCGAGGGGGAUCUGAGCCUCAGACCCGUGAGCCGGAGGAGGAGGAGCCGGCACAGCUGGAGCAGCAGGAGGUGGAGACGUCUGCACCCGAACCUGCUGAUGUUGAUGACAUGAAGGCCGAAGCAGCGUCUCCAGAGGUCACAGCACCGCCAUGUCCCAACAUGCCUCAGGAGGAGGCGGACCAACAAGAGAAGCAGCAGCAGGGGGCGGAGCCUGCGGAGGAGCCCAAUGGGACAGCAGUCCACCUGGAGAAGGAGAAUAAAGCAAUUCCUGUGAUGCGGACGUUACCCAUCCAAGACAAGAGCAGGGUGUCCCCUGGACAGGAAGUGAUGCUGGAGGAGUCCCUCCCGCCUGAGAGACAGCAGGCCGCAUCCUCCUCACCCAGCAGCACGGCUGAGGAAGAAAACUCCACUGCUGCAGCUCUGUCCCCCAGAGGGAAAGGUCGCAGGGCAAAUCCCGGAGAGUCCACUCCUGAGACUCCGCCCACAACCCCACAGUGCAACGCUAGCCCCGCCCCCAGCCCCUUGCAGGUCACACUCCUGACUACUCCUCCCCGGGGGAUCAUGAAGAGACAAGAAGAACCCAUGGUGGUCCUACGAUGCCUCCCGUCCCAGCACCUCCCCACCAAGCCCCCGUCCGUUAACUCGGACACGGACUCCGCCACAGAGGACGAGGAGGAGGAGGAAGAGGAGGCGGGGCCUAAACAGAAGAGUAGUUCACCACUGAAACGUAAAGCAACAGAUCAGAGAACGGCAGAGAAGAAGCUCUGCACGGAGGACAGGAAGGAGGAAGGCCCCCCCGCGCCGCCCACAGCCCCCCCUCUGCCCCAGCCGUCUGAGCAGAGCGGGGAUGAAGGGGGGGAGGCGGAGGACCAGCCUCGCCCAGAGGAGAAGAAGGAUAAUGUGGUGGAGGUGGAGAAGCUGUCGCCAUGUGGACCUGCAGAGGUGCAUUCUGGGACAGAGGCCCAAAGCCCCCCCCCAGCCGAAGAGCUGGACCCUCAGAUCGGUCCCGAGGCUCUCGUCUGCCACGAGGUGGACCUGGACGACCCGGAUGAGAAGGAGAAGCCCCCCUCCUCGUCGGACUGCCUCCUCCUCAUGAUGCGGGAGCAGAACCAGGCUCCGCCCCCCCUGCCUCUCGCCACUCAACCCCCCCAGCCUCAGGUCAGAUCCUUCCUCAUAGCUGCCCCUCCCACUGUCAUUUCUGAGGAACCCCAUCCUCCCAAGGACCCUGCUGAGGAGGAGCGGGGCUGCAGCCGGGGGGAGCAGGGGGGAGACUCCAGUCCUGGCUUUGAAGGAAGCACCUCCUCCUCUUCCUCGCUGCUGUUUUUGCAGGAGAACAAGGACAGAGGUCAGAAGAGGGUGAACGACGUGAACUUCAGCCUGACGGCCAAGAAACACAAACGGAACCAGAAGCGGACCCUGACCCCCGCCAAGGCCGACAAGAACGGAGCAGGUCACAGCAGCGACAGCGAGGACCAGUCUCGUCUCUCAUCGCUGUCCAAAUCCCAGAAGUCCCGUUGUCCCGGUCUGUCCUCUCCGUCCUCGCACAGUAAAGACAAACAUGGCUUCCCCUCCCCACAGCGCUCCUACAAGUGGACACUGCAGCUUGAUGAGUUGGACAGCAUGUCGAGCACCGAGAGGAUCUCCUUCCUGCAGGAGAAGCUGCAGGAGAUCAGGAAGUACUACAUGAGCCUGAAGUCUGAGGUGGCCUCCAUCGACCGGCGCAGGAAGAGACUAAAAAAGAAGGAGAGAGAAGUGUCCAACACCACGGCGUCCACCUCCUCAGGCUCCUCAGACACAGGCAUGAGUCCGUCCUCGGCCUCGCCGGCUCAGAACACCGUGGCGGUGGAGUGCAGGUGAUGACACGCCCACGUGGGGCGCGUCCCUUCAGCCCACAGACUUCGGACACUUAAAUCAGGACGCUGCAGACUGAGCUCCUGGCUGCGUGGAGCUGAGAUGGGGAGGCGAUUGAAGGCGGGCCUUUAUGCACUGGUGCAGACGUGUCCUCCAUCCCUGCCCUCUAGGGUGACCAUGCUCCUGUCCAGAACCAUCUGAUGAGUCCGUUUGGUUUCAGGGUCAGCAACCAGUAGGUCCGCUUCAACCCAAACACAUCCAGAAGGUUUUCCUUUACUGGGAGCCAAACCAGGACAAAGACGACGUUCUAGGUUCACUUUUCUGAUUGAAUGAUUUUAUUUUGAUUGGUCCAGAGACACUUAUCCUAAUCGUUUUCUUCUGUUAAACAGAAUUUCUUCUGUUUUCUCAAGUUUUGUUCCUCUUUAGAUAAAUAUUGGAUUAAAUUUAACAAAUUUUUUUUUGUAAAGGCUUUUAUGAAUUUCUGAGGUAGAAUUAAAUUAGUUUGAAUUAAAUCUUCUAACUGACCUGGUUUCGGUCCACUAAGUUUAAACGAUGAUGGGAAUUUGAAUCACAUGAAAUCACUCAGAGAAAAUGUGAAAACUGAAAUGUUUAAAAAGAGAUGUUCUGAAACAGGAAGAGUCCUGAAACCGAGUCUCCUCCAGGUCCGAACCGGUUUCUGGACGCUGCGUUCCGCCCCUCCCUCCCUCUGUUCUGCUCUGCAUCAGGUUCAGACGGACGGCUGCUACCAGCUCCUCCACGUUUGCUUGUUUUGUACAUAAAAUGUUAAAAGAAUAAAACCACACCUGUAUUUGAGAACUACGUUUUACACCCCAGAAGAAUAAUUUCUAAUAUUUUCUAAGAGACUGUUUGUACUGUAGUUGUUUACUCCUCGGUUGUUUGUUUUGGGUUCUCAUGUGUUUUGCUGGCAGAGAUUUGAGAGCAAACAUGUAAAUAGAGAAACGCACACAAGCCAUACUACAAGUGUGUGUGUGUGCAGCAAGCAGCGCUCUCUGUUUCUAAUAAAGUUUUUAACCAGA